GGGACAUCGAUCCAAAAAUAUUAGAUUACCCUGGAUAUCGGUCGUCCAGGUGCUGGAAAAGUGCAAAUUAUUCCCGCGAAAUGGUUAGGGUCAUUCAAGCCCAGAUUCUUAUAAAACUAGGCUUGAUCGACCCCAGCUGUGCUCACAUAUUGAAAUGAACGUCAAGAUCAGUCGAUGUAACAACUGUUUGAAGAAUGGAAAUGUUUACCGUCCUACUCCGAAAAUACGUUUCCAAGUACGCCCUGAAACCAUUCCUCAUGACCCCUUUUAUUAGGGUUGACAGUGAAGCAAAGGAAAGAUAUCAACAGGCACACACUCAGACAAGGGCCUGCAUCGAGAGAGCAUUUGGCAGGCUUAAGAGGAGAUUUCAUGUUUUACAUUCAGAGAUACGCCUCAGACCAGAAAAGGCAUGCAAGGUAGCUGUGGCAUGUGUAAUCCUACAUAAUAUUGCAGUGGACAUGAACAUGCCUAUGGACGACGAUGAGUUCAUUCAGCCACAGAAUGGGAAUGAUGGAGUACACCAAGAUGGUGGUACUGGCGUUGCCACUAGAGACUUCAUUGUGGAAAACUUCUUCUCUGUGUAGUAUCGAUAUGGACUUAUAUAUAUAUACCACUGCUAUCAUAAAUGCUCGUUCAUCAUCACCACUGCUCGUUAUUCAUCACCACUGCUCAUUCUUCAUCACCAUUGUUAGUUCAUCAUCACCACUGUUAGUUCAUCAUCACAACUGUUAGUUAAUCAUCACCACUGUUAGUUUAUCAUCAUCGCUGUUAGAUUUAUCAACAUCUUCAUACACCUCUUGAAGUAAAAAAUAAUAAUUCUUACAUUGUUUGCUCUUCAUUCAUAAUUGUUUGUGUAUUGUGUAAAGGCACUUAUUAAUGAAAAACAACACCUGUUGGAUACACGGAUUUUUUACGUGCUCACUUUAUUUUGGCAAGUAAGGUAAAUCGCUCAGAAUGGCCCAAAUAUUGCAGACAGACGAUUCACACUGAAUUAAAAACAUCAUGUAGGUAACUUUACAAGCUCGUACAUAAAUUGCAAACAGUCAAAUAAUAAAUAAACGCCAUGAAAACCAGGAUGAAGCAUAAGAAAUGAAAUACACAUGAAAACAAAGGUCCUUAUUGAUAUAUACAUCAGAAAAUGAUGCUUUUGUGAUACUGUCUGAUUACAGCUGAUUAAUCGGAUAAUGGAUCGAUCAGGUUUCCGAUUAAGCGAUUAUGAAAAUCCAAGGUACGCCCUGAAACCAUUCCUCAUGACCCCUUUUAUUAGGGUUGACAGUGAAGCAAAGGAAAGAUAUCAACAGGCACACACUCGGACAAGGGCCUGCAUCGAGAGAGCAUUUGGCAGGCUUAAGAGGAGAUUUCAUGUUUUACAUUCAGAGAUACGCCUCAGACCAGAAAAGGCAUGCAAGGUAGCUGUGGCAUGUGUAAUCCUACAUAAUAUUGCAGUGGACAUGAACAUGCCUAUGGACGACGAUGAGUUCAUUCAGCCACAGAAUGGGAAUGAUGGAGUACACCAAGAUGGUGGUACUGGCGUUGCCACUAGAGACUUCAUUGUGGAAAACUUCUUCUCUGUGUAGUAUCGAUAUGGACUUAUAUAUAUAUACCACUGCUAUCAUAAAUGCUCGUUCAUCAUCACCACUGCUCGUUAUUCAUCACCACUGCUCAUUCUUCAUCACCAUUGUUAGUUCAUCAUCACCACUGUUAGUUCAUCAUCACAACUGUUAGUUAAUCAUCACCACUGUUAGUUUAUCAUCAUCGCUGUUAGAUUUAUCAACAUCUUCAUACACCUCUUGAAGUAAAAAAUAAUAAUUCUUACAUUGUUUGCUCUUCAUUCAUAAUUGUUUGUGUAUUGUGUAAAGGCACUUAUUAAUGAAAAACAACACCUGUUGGAUACACGGAUUUUUUACGUGCUCACUUUAUUUUGGCAAGUAAGGUAAAUCGCUCAGAAUGGCCCAAAUAUUGCAGACAGACGAUUCACACUGAAUUAAAAACAUCAUGUAGGUAACUUUACAAGCUCGUACAUAAAUUGCAAACAGUCAAAUAAUAAAUAAACGCCAUGAAAACCAGGAUGAAAUAAACCAUAUCACAUGUUCAUGUUUAACUCUCGAAGAAGGUUGUCCGGAUGAAUCCGUCUAUUUCCUCUGUAUCCAGUUUUUUUUCAUAUUUUUUCCAUCACUCUCAGCUUCACCCGAUUGAUUUCCUUCUGUAAAACAAAACAAAACAUAAACAACUUUGCCGAUUUGGUAAUACAAUCUUUAUUAUUUGGCAUAAACAAUUCAUUUAACAUAUAAUUGUUGUGGUUGAAACCCCUUUUGCAUUGAACUACAUGUACAUUUAUACUUUUUGUAACAUCCUCCGUACCCUUAGUCUUUUUCAUACCUCUUGCUGUGCCAAUUACACCUGAUUUUAAAAGUAUAUAAUUUGCCAAUCAAUGAGUUCCUCUGCUUUGGUCUUCCU